GCUUCUCUGCCUGCCAGGGGACAUAUUUUGACUAUGUUGAGCGCCUCCCUCACACUAUGACGCGAGUAUGGACAAUUGGGGCGACCCUUGGGCCGACAAUGCAAACCAAACACCUCCACUGUUGGAUGUGAAUACAUCCGCUACUCCUAGAAGCUCUGCAGCUCUGCCAAUAUGGAACGACGCGCCCGGCUGGGCCAACGAAGGAGAUGAUGAUAACGACUGGGGCGCCUUUGAAGAUCCGUGGAAUGGAAAAGCAGAUGAACUGGAAGUCGAUGGCGACUUCCAUGCCGAAGACUCCGGGGUCGGAAGCGCGUCGGACCAAAUGCAGGCAACGUCGCAGACGCCUCAAAUAAGCCCAGAUACACUUCGUGCAGACCGACUAGAAGACGAGCUUGAGGAUGAGGCUUCGAAUAGCACGGCCUCUCACAUCUCAUCUUCAUCACCUACUUCUACAUUCAUUGCUAGCCCGCCCCUCUCCACGAUUGACAUACUUCCCGAAACCGCAAGUGAAAUGGGAGAGCACGGUCAAGGUCUUCCGCAAAACAAUGCCGUAUUUCAGCAUCCGUCAAGACUCAUCGAUGGAGAGGAAUACGCAUACCAAUAUACUGGAGAAGACUCUACAAGACCAUCAACGUCGCAUACAGAGACCAGUAGCAUCAAAGAAAGCUCAGGAUCCCCACGAACCUCGGUCGAGGACGAGCACCACGAUAUAAGACACCUCGAAAAAGCAGAGCCUUCGCCAGGGACUGAAGAUGUUGACCAGCUUGCCAAAAUACCCAAACGUGGAACUCAUGAUGAUAAUGAUCAGUUCGCCAUCCAUCAAAAGCAGGCGGCUGUGACUGAGGAUGGCACAUCAAGCGAAGAUGAAAUAAGUACUACCGUCGGUCGAAGGAACAGUCCAGCACCUAUCCCAUCUUUCGUAAUUGACACUUCGAUCGUGGAAGACUUGUUAGGCGAAACCCCUGAGUCAAAGUCCCUGGGACAGCCAAUUGAUGAUAUGUUGACCUCAACAUCCUCCAGAAAGGCUUGGUAUCGGCUCACUAGGCAGGAGACUAUGCGAGAAUUUGACACCGGGAAAGACAAUAACAACUAUGUCCGUGUCGCAUGGCGUGACUCCCAAGUCAGAAAAAAUGUGAAUGAAGUGGUCAUUCGAUGGAUGGUCGAAGAUCGUGCUACAGGCAAGCCGAGCCUUGGAAGACCUGGCGCUGCAUUCGGUUGGGACCAGCCACAGCAUCCUGCUCAGCGUACUGCGCCGACGAGGUUGCAGGCACCAUCAUCAACAAUCACUGAGCGUUCACAAUCCACCGAAGAUCUGCAGUCGAACAGUGAAAGUAAAGCUUCUGAGUCUUCAUUCGCACAAUUUGGAUGGAGUUCCACGGCGUCGAGAGAAGAUAAUUCAGACCUGAAAGACAAUUUGACGAAAGAGUUAGCUCAAGAUUCCCCGAAAAAGGCAAAGGUAUCAUUCGCUGUUCAAGCACUAUCAAAGAUCCGACCCAUGUCAACAGAUUUAUCUAUCCAGAUGUCUCAUUACAAACACACAAGGGGUUCUCAGAGCGUCAGUGGCCCGAAGAACCAAGCGCUCCGCCCAGCCAUCGACGAUCUCAUGCACAGUGUCGCGCAAAAAGACAUGAAAAUUUCUCCAAUGGUGCCUGCCGAAAAGGUACCUGUGUCGCCAGACUCUCUUCAAUGGCCGUUGCAGGAUGGUACGGACCCAUGGCGAGAUGCUACCACGAUGGGCAAGCCUAGCGUCGAAACUGGAAUAAGUGAUGAAGACGAAUGGCGUGAUAUGAAACCCUCUGGUACGACCAUAGAGCAAGGAGUAGAUUCAUUCGGGUCAAGAGCGGCUUUUGCCUCUGAGCGCCGUGCAAGCUCGGAACAUACAACGACACAGCUUUUUGCGCAAACUCAACAUGAUCGAGUUCCCACCGAACCAUCUAAUCCCUCACUACUGCUUUAUCCUGCAUGUCAGACUGCUAAUGAUGAUACCUGGGCUGACGCCGACUUGACCGUUCUUAAUCCCACCCCAACACGAUCUCUCGAAGCUACACUGCAGAUCCAUGAUUCUCGUCCAUUUGACGCAGCGGUCCCAGCGGUCCAGACACGGCCAUCCUCGCCUACUCCAUCUAAGUCAAUUCCAGCAGCUCAUACUCGAACACCAUCCAGUGCAUCACUUGCGCUAGCAGACGAGCAAGAGUCCCAGAAUGUCAUUCGAUCUGUCCUUAUGGAUCUACCAGAUUUUUCCUAUAUGAUGCGCUAGAAAUAUCACUUCUUCUUGAAUAAGCUAACUGUCGUAUGCAACUUCCAAAUGUACUCCAUGUUGAGCAUUGCGCGGCGUAUUCGGUUUGCAUCACACUGAUCAGCAUAACAGUAAACGUCUACUGAUGCGUCGGCUCGAACUGGUGGAGGACACAUUAGAUGACCUGGUAAAAUAAAAUUCACUUUGACUUGCAAUUGUUACAGCUUCGUCUGUUGGCGUUUUCAUCGGCUACGUCUCUACUGCGGUGGUGGUGCAACACGGAAAAUGUGCUAUCCGAUCUAAAUGAGCUCGGUCCCCUCCGAAAGUGUCCACUUAGUUGUCCUAGGUGAGUCCCACUUGUACCAAUACGGAAAGUAUAGAUCGUCAUCCUGGGGCCAAAUCUGGGGGUGCAGAUUAAGCUUUUUCGAACCUGUAUAUCUGGAAGCAGGGCAUGAGAAACAGG